GUCGCUGUCAGUCGGAUAUCGCCCAGGCCUCUGUCAGCUCCUCAGACUGAAGACAAAACGCUUGCUAAUUUCCGUAGCAGUCGGUUUGGAAAUACAUAAACAGAAAGGAAUUACUACAGGAGGGUCUACAGGAAGACCUUACCGGUCUGUAACUCGUAUCAGUCACGACAUUUGGCCGUUACUGACGGUUUUGGUUACGGAGCGUAUUGUAAAUGGCGUCGCUCUCUUUGACAACGCUAGUGGUGGUGGUCCUUACAGUGCCGCUUUUCACGACAGCGGUCGUCGACCUUUCGUCUCCGGCAUUCACCGUGCCAUACGAUGGCCGCCAAAAUGAAGUUUUUCAGGCGGAAAAAACGUCCGCUGAUCCCACCUUCUUCUUCGCACCCAUGGCCACUUUACUGUCCAGAUCAACGAAAGUGAUGUACGAUCAAAUCAUCGACUCAUUCUACCUUGAGCUAACCGUUAAAAUGUGGAAUGAAGAUUAUGCCGAACAAAUAAAAGCCUAUAUUAGGAAGGAGACAGGAACAGAGAAGAUCCGAAUUCUUCCACUGCCAUUCAAGUGGAUGCACCUGGAAUAUUCCUUUGGGAGUCAAUAUGCUCGCACACCAUGGGAACCGAUUACCAGUCUUCCGGAAACACUGGUCUUUCGCAUCCGCUGCGCAACGAGUGCUGGCUGCAGCGAAGCACAAUCUGUACUACAGAACGGAACUGACACCACGUUCACGGUGCGUUUGCAUUUUGCGUAUCGCCCGCCGAGUUAUCUACGAAAACUAACCAUUGUUGUCAAUAACAUUCACUUGCAAGAAGCGCCGAUGUUCCGUACGGUCACCGAGCAGUUUGCCGAAUUUGUCUUCCUCCGCAAGAAAGAUUACUCUGCUUUGCUGCAGCAAGUGUUAAAUAACUGCCUCGAUGCUACUCUAGAGCCUGAUGAAUUCGUCGAUCACGAACAAUUUCAAGAGCAUUUGACACGGUUGCUGCCGGCUUUCCGCAAGAAUAUCACCGUCAUCACGUCCGCCACGCAAUUUACUGCGGCAAUGUGGCAGGCAACCUACUUGCCGGAGCAACGUCACCCUGUUGACGUGACAAUGUACUGCUUGGAUCUCCACCGACUGCGCGAACAAGAAAACUUCCGAACGCUAACCAUCCGGGCCAGCAAGCUGCAUACGGAUUACAGCCUGGCGGCCACGACUAACUCUGCGUCACUGGUCAGUUCUCUGCAGUAUCAAAUCAAUCGAAUGCGCGAUGCGAUGAUUCCUCCAGUUGGCUCCAUCCAACCGGCGAGCGCGGAUAUGCAAACGGCGUGCUGGUUGCGCUGCAAUGGACAGCCGUUCAACGUCACUACAUAUCCGCAGCUAGCCAGCAUAUUAUCCAAUGGAAAGACACCGAACCUGGAAGGCCAGUUCCUUGUUGGAUCGGAUGGGUCGUUGCCUGUUGGAAGUAGGGGCGGAGAAAAGGAACAUUACUUGACUGUGAAUGAGAUGCCCGCUCAUCAACACGGGCAAUUCUUACACACGGUAGGAUGGAAUGAUGAUCCAAAUCAAAAUAACCGGUUCACCACUUUCAACGGCGUCGGGUUAACCUUCUACGUCAGAGUGCAACCGGAUAUUACGAACCCAGCCGGUGGUAACCAGGCUCACAACAACAUGCCUCCUUAUCAGGCUGUAGUUUAUCUUAUACGCGCCUGCUGACUUAUCGUGAUCUGUAGUUAGAUCCACUCAACGUUUCGCGUUCGAACACUUUUCGUGACAUCCCCGUGACCCUAUCGAAUAGUUUCUGUGGCAUCCUCAUUACAUCGUAUAACUGCCGAGUAAAUCGCCAGCAUCAACGCCAUGGACGAUAGUGUUACCAGUAGACUUACGCAUCGCUUUUCAAGAUUAGGCUUAGGUACACACUCAUUACUCGUAUCGUAUUGAUGUUUUACAUGUACAGCACAUCGCAAGUUGUACGUUGUACCCUGUACUGUGCUGUACGCUGUACAGCACAGUACAGCCUGUACAGGUAGCCACUUGCAAUGUGUGACAUCAUAAAAUUCUCACCGCUACUUACGCUUCCCGCUGUUUAAAAAUCCAGAUUUUAACAAACUGAAAUAACCGGCUUUGGACUUUUGAGAAGGAAAGGAACACUAAUUGAUCUGUAAUUAUGUUUCGUGCUUACAUGCACUUUGCAACUAUAAACCAAUGUUAAGCAUCUUUGUUCAGUUUGUAAAACUCUUUAGCAAUUUUUGCGGUGACUUCCUUAGCUGGCUUGCCUGUUUUGGAGUUCUCAGGUUUCUAGCGUCCUUUGGUGUCAAGCCAAAGCGAAUAGUCGGAUUCACGCUAUAUUCGUAUAC